UAUAAAUUUGACUAGAUGAAAUUAAUGUAGAAAAAGAAAAGAAAGCAUAGGUCAUGUAUCUUGUAUCAAGAAAUCAAGAAUGGAGGAGAGAGAGGUGGCUUUGUGGGUCAAGUGCCACGUAGCAAUAGUUUAUGUAAGGAGGGGAGGAUGACGUGGCACGCAUUGGGUACUGAAAAACCAAAUAAAUAGAGGGUGUGACCAUCCAUCAAUUGCUUCUCCUCUCAAAUAUUUCUUUCUAAUAUUUUUCCACUACUUGCUUAAUUUUUCACUAUAUAACCUAAGUUUUUUUAUUUAUUUAAUUUCAAUUUUGCUUCUUUUAAUUGCUACUAAUAAAUAAUAAUAUAAAACAAUAUAAUGCUGGAUUGUGGUGAUCAAGCAGCAGCAGCAGAAAAUCCUGCAAAUGGAGGAGAAAAAAUCAAUUCUUCUUCCUCAAUCACUCUCAAGUUUUUGGAUGUUUCUUACAGAGUAAAGCUGCAUGGGGCCAAUGUGAAAUCAAGAACCAGCAGCAUAAGGAGCAUGCUCUGCGGCGGCGGCGCCGCCGCUUCCGACGUGGAGAAUCCGGCGGCGGUCCACCGCCAUCAAGAACGGACGAUCUUGAACGGCAUCACCGGGACGGCGGCGCCGGGGCGUGUGCUUGCCAUACUCGGGCCAUCCGGCAGCGGCAAAUCGACGCUGCUGAACGCGCUCGCCGGCCGCCUCCACCACGGCCACGGACUCACCGGAACGGUGAUGUUCAACAGCCGGAAGCUGACGAAGCAGGUCCUGAAACGAACCGGGUUCGUUGCCCAGGAUGACGUGUUGUACCCGCAUCUAACGGUCCGGGAAACUCUGGUUUUCUGCUCGCUACUCAGGCUGCCGAACUCCAUGGCCGGAGACGAAAAAAUCGCCGUCGCGGAGUCCGUGAUCUCCGAGCUGGGUUUAUCGAAAUGCGCGGACACGAUCAUCGGAAACAGCUUCGUUCGGGGGAUCUCCGGCGGGGAGAGGAAGAGGGUGAGCAUAGCUCAUGAGAUGCUGGUGGACCCCAGUCUGCUGAUCCUCGACGAGCCCACCUCCGGGCUGGACGCCACGGCGGCGUACAGGCUGGUGGCGGCGUUGGGUGGGCUGGCGGCGAAGGGGAAGACGGUGAUGAUGUCCGUCCACCAGCCGUCGAGCCGUGUCUACCAGAUGUUCGACGAUUUGCUUGUGCUGUCGGAAGGGAGGUGUAUAUACUUCGGUAAAGGAAGCGAAGCAAUGGCUUACUUCGACACCGUCGGAUUCUCGCCCGGCUUUCCGAUGAACCCCGCGGAUUUCCUCCUCGAUCUCGCUAAUGGUGUAUGUCAGUUCGACGGUUCGAGCGAAAGGGAACGGCCGAACAUGAGACAAGCCCUUGUUUCUUCUUACAACAAUGUACUAGCACCAAAGGUGAAAGUGGCUUGCAUGGACCCACCAAAUGCAACCACAAGAGACAACACCACAACAAUCAAUGGAAGCAGCCAUACUUGCAUGACUCAUUUCUCCACUUGGUUCAAUCAAUUCGUAAUCCUACUCCAACGAAACCUCAAAGAAAGAAAACAUGAAACAUUCAACUCGCUGAGGGUCUUCCAGGUCAUCGCCGCCGCACUACUCGCCGGAUUCAUGUGGUGGCACUCCGACUAUCGAGAUGUACAAGAUCGCCUAGGCCUACUCUUCUUCUUCUCCAUCUUUUGGGGGGUUUUCCCCUCAUUCAACGCAGUGUUCGCCUUCCCUCAGGAACGGGCCAUUUUCAUGAAGGAACGGGCCUCCGGUAUGUACACACUCUCCUCGUACUUUUUAGCCCGAAUCACUGCAGAUUUGCCCAUGGAGUUAAUCCUCCCCACAUUGUUCGUUUCGAUCACGUAUUGGAUGACGGGUCUAAAACCGGAAUUUUCCGCUUUCUUGCUAACCCUAUUUGUCGUUUUGGGUUACGUGCUCGUUUCGAUUGGGCUUGGACUUGCAUUGGGUGCUCUAAUAAUGGAUGCUAAGCAAGCCUCGACUUUAGUGACCGUUACUAUGCUUGCAUUUGUUCUUACGGGGGGUUAUUACGUGCACAAGGUACCGUCUUUUAUGGCGUGGGUGAAGUACGUUUCGACUACUUUUUACAGCUACAGGCUUCUUAUCAAUGUCCAAUAUGGAGAUGGUGAAGGUGUUUCCUCUUUGCUCGGUUGCUCGAGUGGUGGACAAGAUAGAGCCACGUGUAGGUACAUCGAUGAAGAUGUUCGUGGGCAAAUGGGGCCCGCAGUGAGUGUGGGGGUAUUGUUGCUCAUGUUUGUGGGGUAUAGGUUGUUGGCUUAUAUUGCGCUGAGACGAAUCAAGGCUUGAGAAAACAUGACUUAGUGCCUAAUGUUGUAACAUCGUACGAUGAAGAAUGCGAUUCGAUGUGGGUGGGGGCUAACUGCGUUACGGAGGAAGUAGGAGAAGUAAUGUUUUUAGUUUCGAUUACGAAAAGUGUAGAGAGAAUUUAAUUUGUAAGACAAUUAAUUGACUCUUUUAAUGUGUCAUCAUCAUCAUCAGAAUCAUGUGCUUGCCAUUGAAAUUGGCUAAGCCUUUGCAUUUCUAAUUUCUAUCAAGUAAUAUAUAUUAGUUGGCUUUUCAA